AUGACGAUUCGAAUUGUCAUAAUUGGUAGUGGACCGACAGCAAUCGGGGCUGCACUUAGAUUACGGGAAUUACAGCUGGAAGGUGAUUUAGACAUUGAGGUAACUCUCCUGGAAAAGGAAAAAGUUGUUGGUGGGCUUGCCAGUUCAGUGACCGACCAAAGGGGAUUUACAUGGGAUCUUGGAGUCCAUGUAAUGGGUGCUACAAAAUACAAAGAGUUUGAAAAGACAACGGCCGAAGCGGUCGGCCAGUGGAAUGAGAUACCACGUUGUGUUAAAGCCAAUAUGAAGCACAUCAUACAGGCUAACGAUCCACUUGAUAAUUACGUCCCCUAUCCGGUACAAGAUUCAAUACCAUAUUUUCCAGAUCACGAAAAGGAAUGUUGCUUAUCAGACCUAGAAAACCUGGAAUCGACCAGCUCUGCCCCUGCCAAGAACUUUUCCGAGUUUUCCGAACAAGUAUUUGGGAUAACAUUACGCGACAUCUUCAUACAACCCUAUAAUGAAAAGGUUUGGACGGUGCCUUUAAAAGAAUUGAGUUGUGUUUGGGUUGAGGGUCGGGUGCCAAAGCCGAACUGGCAGGAACUUACAAAAAGAUGUCGAUUGACAAUAUCAACAUUGCAUGAACAAGAAGAACAAAAGCCGAAGACAGUUUUCCGAUAUCCAGCGACACUCCGAGGGGUUGGUGCAAUGUGGAAAAAGAUUGCAUAUAAAUUGCCUAAAGGUUGGAUUCAACUCGAGAAGGCGGUUGCGAGUAUUGAUGCGGAAGAAAAAUUGGUAUUAUUGGUGGGGCUUGGCAUCCGCCGUCCACAGCCCGAAGUAACCGAAAACUGGUCAUGGGUCUAUUUCCCGCAACCGGAUAUCAUAUUUUAUCGUUGCACAUUUAUCUCAAACUUCAACGAAUCCCUUACACCGAAUGCCGCUGUAUUUUGGAGUGUCGUAUGCGAAAUUGGGAUGGACUCGGAUGCGGAAGUUGUUGAGGAAGAAGCUGUUGAGAAGACAAUUCAAGGCUUAAAAACGGCUGGUAUCUUGUAUGAGAAUAAUACGAUUGUCUCCAAAUGGUUUUGCGCUUUACCCUAUGGAUAUCCAAUUCCUACGAUUAAUCGAGAUUAUGAAUUGGCAAAGUGUCAACCAGUCUUUGAAAAGAAAGGCAUUUUCAGCCGCGGGCGUUUUGGUUCCUGGAAAUAUGAAUCCGCAAAUCAAGAUCAUUCAUUCACUAUGGGCCGAGAAGUCGUCGACCGUAUUUUUAUGAACAAACCGGAAAAACUCAAU